AUGGCCCUUCCACCAAGUGGCAUGCCGGUUGAAGGACAUCCCAGUGGGCGAGAUAGAGAACAUUACGCCAUUUCCGUUGGCGCCCUGGGUCAAGCGAGUGCAAACCAUCUCGGAUGCAACACAAACAUCAACUUCGGCAGGAUGCAGCGUGAUAUUGGCAGUAAACAGUUCAGCACGGAAUGGUAUGGUCGAAGUUGGCGGAGUAUCGCAAUUACCCAUCUCGGCACGAGGAAAAUCGAAGUGGCGAAACAGAACCCGUAUUCAGGACUGCUAGCGGCAAUGGCAUAUGCUCUGCGAUCCCCACCGACGAUUGCAGACCGGACCAUGGCUGUGAUAACCAAUAACAAAUCGGUCGUGAUUGGUCUUGGUAACCCACGGCAGCAGUCCGGCCAGGUAUAUGUGCGGUUGAUCUAUGAGGCUAUAGAAAAGCUACGGGAAAGAGGAAACAGAGUGGCAAUCGAAUGGAUUCCCGUAAGCGGUGAAAAUGAAAUGUUGAAGGUGGCCAAGACCGAGGCACGCGAGUUACCAAAGAAGGAGCCACGCAUUCCCAAGGAUGCGGUCUACAACGCUGAACAUCCAAAAACAGAAGCUGAAGGCCGAACGAUACUUACCGGAGAAGGUUGGUAA